UAAUUAGCAACGUAGUGACUUUAUUGAAAUGUGUUGCUCGGACGGCAUUUGUGAUAUUGAACAAUGUCUACUGUAUACCUACAUAUGCAGUAUGGAUGAUGUUAUUGUUUCCUGUAAAAGUAUAUCAACCUCAAGUGUAUUGGCGAAUCGAGGGCCUAUUUUUUCACUGGUUGUUGGCAAUGGUAUCAAUGUGGACUUGGUCUGCAGGUUACGACAUAAUAGAACAAGGUGAUGAUAUACAGCAGAUUAUAAGUGAAAAAACAUUAGUUAUAGCAAAUCAUCAGAGUACUGGUGAUGUUCCUAUAUUAAUGACAACAUUUAAUGCCAAACCAAAUGUUUUACCCAAUUUAAUGUGGAUAAUGGAUAGAGUGUUCAAAUUUACUAAUUUUGGAAUUGUUUCUAUAUUACAUCAAGAUUUCUUUAUUGUAUCAGGCCGUAAACGAAGGGAAGAAAGUUUAAAACAAUUAGAGAAACAUCUUAAAGAUUCUUAUAUACCACGGGAUAGAAAAUGGAUGGUACUCUUCCCAGAAGGAGGUUUUCUGUGCAAAAGACGGGAAACUUCGCAAAAAUACGCUAAGAAAAAUAAUUUACCUAUUCUUGAAAAUGUGACUUUGCCAAGAGUAGGAGCCAUGCAGAUGAUAUUUGAUACUCUUGGACCAGCAUUAAGCAGGAACAUGCAAGAUCAACAAUUAAACAGUCGACCAAAUAUGACAGUAGCUAAACCAGAAAUUAGUUGGAUUCUUGACAUAACAAUAGCGUAUCCUCAAGGUAAGCCGCUUGACUUACCUACUAUUAUAACUGGUUCGAGAUCCCCGUGUGAGACGGUAUUAUUCUAUCGACUUUUUCCUAGUUCAGUGGUUCCUCGCGAACCAGAACAAUUAUCCAAAUGGUUGUAUGACAGAUGGGCAGAAAAAGAAGCGCUCUUAGAGCAUUUUUAUAAAUAUGGAACGUUUCUUGGUACAAAAGGAUCAGACAGAAGUGGUUCCAAAGUACAUCAGGAUCCACUAAGAUUCCUAGUCCUUCAUUUAUUCUUCAUAACAUCUAGUUAUAUUCAUUAUAGUAUGCUUGCAUACAUGCUAUCUUGCUUUUGGUAAGAUAUUUUAUACAUCAUGUACAAUGAUCAAUGUUUACAAAACAAUGUUUACAAAGGAAAUCAGAAAGAGAGAGAGAGAGAGAGAGAGAGAGAGUGUGUGUGUAACGAAGUAAGAUAUCCUUGCCUUAAAUGAACACUAAUAUCUAUGAGAACAAUUCUAAUGAAUAUAUGCGAAUUAUCAAACCUAGCAAGCAAACCCAUUAUAAGAAAAAUCAUUUGUGUGACGAUUAUUUUUAUUUAAUAUGUAAUACAAUUGAAAGCUAUUUAAGUAUUUAUAACCUAUGUUGUUCUACGAAUUAAAGCUUAUAAUGUUAGCAUGUUUUAAAUUUAAUCUCAUAAAAUAUCAAUACAUUUUACAUUUAUUAAAAAUAAAUAUUGUCAAAUAA